AUGAGAAAAGCUGUCAUUAAGGAACUAAAGCUAUCAAACUUGCUUCUUCUAUCAUUUAACAGAUAUCUCUAUAUUCUUUAGAAUAAACAAGAUCAAAUUCAAUAAUAGAGUAAAGCUGCUUUCCAAAAAAUGAAGAUUUUGAAGUCAUACGUUUGGGAAAGUAAUGUGUUCUUCGAUGUAAUUGAGAAAAAGAAUUAGCUUUUCAUUGGAGAGCAGAAAGAUGUCAGACUAUAUAAUCUCAAUGAAUUCCUUGCUCAUAAUGAGAAUAAUCAAAAUUAGGAAGCUCGCAUUCUUGACCUACCUGCAGUUAAAGAAUAUAAAAAUAAGAAGAGACUUACAAUGAUGAGGAUAGCUCCAAGCAUAGAGACUAAGGAUGAGAUCAUUGAAGGAUUGUUAAUGAGUGAUAAAGUAGGAGAAGUCAGAUUCCUUAACAUUAAGAAUUUUAUUGAGGGAAAGAAACAAUCAUAAGUUGAAGAAGAUGAUCUCGCAACAACAUUAUUCGGUCACUAACAAGAGUGCUCGGGAUUCUAAUUUUCCACCAAUAGCAAAUUCUUAGCAUCAGUCGAUACUUUGAAAAGAGUUAGAGUAUGUGAUUUCCCAAAUAUCUUCCAUGUGAGACAAUUCCAUCUAUACUAAAAAACGGAAAUUACAGAUUUUGCACUCAAUGAUAGCCAUUUGUUUACAUAUUCAGCUCUUGACCAAAAUUUAAUGAUUUCUGAAUUAGCUGGAGAAAAGAUCAUUGCUAGUGAGAAGUAACCCUAAGGGUUUUCAAUUGAAUCAUUGGUUACUAAUCAAUCGACAAAUCAAUUAUGCUAUCUACAAUCGAACUAAGAAAAGAGAACUGCCUCAGUCAUUCAAUAUUAGCCAGAUUGUAGAAUUUCUAAUGCUGUUGUUCAAGACAUUUAAAUAAAUGAAGGAGAUAAAUAUACUUUAGCAACUGGCGGCUAUCUGCUAAAUCUUAGAAUAAAUCCAGAGAAUGGAAUUAUAAAUGGAGAUGAGAUUGAUGUAAUGUCUCUUUAAUGA